AUGAGCCUUGCAGUUUUCCAAACGGGUAUGGUCGGUUAUGUGGAAUCGCUCACAGAUCCUAGUUAUGCCGAACAACUUCUCACACUAACUUAUCCUAUGAUUGGAAACUAUGGAGUUCCAAAUCCUUCAGAAAUUGAUUCAUUAGGAUUGCCAAAGCAUUUCGAGAGCAGCCGUGUUUGGCCAGCGGCGUUGAUUGUAGACAAAAUAUGUCCUGAAAAUGAGCACAGCCAUUGGAAAGCCGUGGAGUCGCUGAGCUCAUUCUUGCAGAGGGCUGGCGUUCCAGGAUUGGCAGGUAUCGACGUAAGAAAACUUACAAAGAAAAUAAGGGAAGUAGGAACAAUGAAAGCUAAGAUAAUUAUUGAAAGCGACGAACCGUCGGCGUAUCCGUUUCGUGAUAUUAAUGAAAGCAACUUGGUGGCAGCUGUGUCACGAAAGUCACCACAGACGUUUGGUUCUGGUGCAAUUACCGUUCUAGCGGUGGAUUGCGCAUUUGACGGACUGUUCCUUUCAAACGGUCCUGGUGAUCCAGAAAGGUGUACUGAGCUGGUAAAUCGCUUGAGCGAAUUCCUGAAGAAGAAGACGAAGCCGGUGUUUGGUAUCUGCUUAGGUCAUCAGCUGUUAGCGCGUGCUGUUGGAGCUAAAACGUACAAGCUCAACGUGGACGAGUUGCUCACAUCGUCUAUCCGUUACGAUUCCUCCUACCGAAUACGCAAGCAGCGAAAGGUUCUCGUGCUCGGUUCUGGAGGCCUGACAAUUGGGCAAGCUGGAGAAUUUGACUACUUCAGGAGCUCAGGUACCACAACGGCAUGUUUUGAGCCGUCGCUAGACUACUGCGUAGUGAAAAUCCCUCGUUGGGACCUCGGCAAGUUUGCUCGAGUGAGCCAACAGAUCGGCAGCUCAAUGAAGUCCGUCGGCGAGGUGAUGGGGAUCGGUAGGUCGUUCGAAGAAGCGUUCCAGAAAGCGCUUAGGAUGGUCAGCGAUCAUGCGGACGGUUUCUCGCCAAAUGCUUUCCUGAGAAAACCGACAAAUGAGGACCUCUCGAAUCCUACAGACAAGCGCAUGUUUGCAAUCGCCCGUGGUAUGUUCUAUGGCGAUUUCGAUGUCGAUAAAGUCUACGAACUGACGCACAUUGAUAAAUGGUUCCUGUAUAGAAUGCAUAAUAUUGUGGAAAUACAUCAUAAGCUGCAGAAAGAAUCGUUAUCGUCUUUAUCUGUGGAACUCCUUCUCGAGGCGAAGCAAGCUGGAUUCUCGGAUCGGCAAAUCGCUAAGAUGAUUGAU